AUGGAGGACGAUCUGAUCUCAGAGGAUGAUAUCUUGCUACGGUGUGAAAAGGAGUUUCAUGAUGCUGCUAAAAAGAAUGACACGGAAAAAAUGCAGGAGUUGAUGAAAAAAGGUGUGAAUAUCAAGGCCAAAAAUAAAAUGGACCGCAAAGCCCUGCACUGGGCAGCCGGGGCAGGAAAUGAACAGGCUUUGCGUUUACUGCUGGAACAUGACACAGAUGUGGAUGAUGAGGACAGCUUUGGUAUGAAUGCCUUGCUCUUGGCAGCUUGGUUUGGACACUUGAAAAUCCUGCAGAUCCUGGUCUCUUCCGGUGCAAAACUUAACUGUGAAAACAAAAAAGGGCUGAGUCUUCUACACUGUGCAGCCCAGAGGGGUCACAUUCGUCUUCUGGAGUUCAUUAUGGAGGAUCUGGAGGAUGUGCGACUAGAUAGAGUUGAUAAGUCAGGUAAGACUGCCUUUCACCUCGCCGCGGAGCACGGACAGCUGGAGGUAGUGGAAUUUCUUAUUGGCAUGGGUUGUGCUCAUGGCCUGAGGGACAAGGGGGACAACACUGCUCUGCAUUUGGCAGCAAAGCAUGGCCACUCUGAAGUCCUGCAGAAGAUUGUGGAGACGGGAGAGGACAUUGAUGAAAAGAAUAUUGAUGGAAUGACAGCCUUGCACUUUGCCUCUGAUGGAGGACAUUUUGAGUGUGUGAAACUACUGCUGGAAGCUGGCUGCAAUGUCAAUGCACUUAAUAAUAAAAACAUGAAUGCCCUUCAUUUUGCGGCUCAGCAUGGCUUUGACAGAGAAGCCAGGUUAUUAGUGGAGGCUGGCAUUGAUGUGGACAUUAAAGACAGCCAACUUGCCACCCCUCUUCACUUUGCGGUGCUCAACAAUUUCAUGGAUAUGGUGAAAAUACUCAUAGACACUGAGUGUGACCUCGACAUUCCUGACAGUAGGCUUCAGACACCCCUGCACAUAGCAGCUGAACAUGGACGACAGAACAUCGCUGAGAUGAUUCUCAUCGCUGGGGUCAAUCUGAGAUUGCUUGAUAAGCAAGGGAAAACAUCAUUGGAUGUUGCUGCCAGAGGAAACCAUGUUAACUUGGUUGACAUGAUCAUCAAAGCUGACAGAUUUUACAAAUGGGAAAAGGAUAACCUAAACAGUGACUCAGACUCCUUUUUGGGGAGAAGUUUGACCUUCAAACAAGACCACCAGCUAGAAACACAGCAUAUCCGCUCUAUUGUUUGGAGACUAGCCACUAAAUACCUAAAACCUGGAGAGUGGAAGAAACUGGCCCAACACUGGAAGUUCACAGAUGCACACAUCCGUGCCAUAGAGCAGCAAUGGACAGGCACAAAAAGCUACAAAGAGCAUGGCCAUCGUAUGCUGCUGGUCUGGCUGCAUGGUGUGGUUAUUGCAGGAGAGAACCCAGUCAAAGGCUUGUAUGAAGGUUUGGUAGGAAUCUCCAGGACUGACUUGGCAGAAAGCAUACGACAGAAGGCUAAUGAAGACCCAAGUUCUCCAAAAAAGUGCAGCACCAUGUGA